AUGUCACUGGGACGUCUGAAGCACGCGGACAGCGCUCUUUUGCUAAAGUGUAGACGACUCCGUUCGUUAUCACUGUUCUCAAUCAAAUGCAACAUGGCUGAGCCGGAUGAGCCUUCCAAUGAUUUCGUCGAGUUUGUGAUUGUAAAGAGAAGUUCUUCCUCUUCUUCUCCAGAAGCGAUACUGUUGUACGAAUCAACAAACCGAAGUAAGUAUAUUGACUUAUGUUUGUCGAAUUUCAUCCAAAUAUUUGACAGUUUCUCCGAGUACUAAGCUGAAAAACUACUUGCAGCAUUUACGGCCCAAGCUGGAUUCUUGGUUAGCGACUUAAGAGAGCACAAUGGACGACAUCUUUCAAUCAUAACUACCGCUGGAAACACUGUAGGAAUCAAACGAGGAAAGCGAGGUAAUGUUCUAUGUGCUUUUUUUCGUUGCAUUUGUUGAUAACCACGUCUUGGAAAACAUUGCUUCUCGUCUUUUAAAGGAGACGUUCAUAGAAGAUACACGAUUGAAAACGAUGGCUUCCAACUCGCUGUCACUAGAACGUAUUUGCCGAAUUCCUCGGUAAGCCUAGUUAUCAUUUACCAAUUUUCUUUCUAUAAUUUUGAUAUUGUCGUAAAACCCACAAAUUCCUUAGAUACUUAUUCAUUCGAUUCAUUAGAUAGGUACCAAAAAAUCGAUUUUAAGGCAAAAGUUAUUUCUCACCCUACUUGUUAGAGCAAAAAAUUACUUUGAAUUACACCAUAAACAGAAUUUAGUGUUAGUAACACUAUCAGUUACACAAUCUUCUAUUACAUUAGCACCUCCACAUCUGUUUUAAGUCUAAAAUAGACUCCAAUUUUUUUCUCUAGAUCUAGGAAACUUUCUUGAGGCCGAUCAAGUGAAGGGAAUGCUCCUGUUAAGCAUGUUUAGCCCAAGUAAUUUGUUAAAAGAAUGGCUACGAAAUAAAUUCCAUGAACUGACUGAG